AUGGUUUUUGUUGACAUGCAUGUCGUCUGGUCACACGGCUCUGUCACUUCCGUAAUCUGCACCUUCAUAAAUAGUGAUGUGUUGCAAUCGCCGGCUUUCUUUCUCUAUUCUUUUCUUUCUUUUAUUCUUUCUUUCUUUCUCUUAUUUUCUGCAUCUUUCUUUUCUUUUUCUUUUUUAUCUUUCUUUCUUUCUUUUCAUAUUCUUCUUUGCAUCUUUCUUUUUCUUUCUUCCUUUCUUUCUUUCUUUCAUAUUAUUCUCUGCGCUUUUUUCUUUCUUUCUUUCUUUCUUUCUUUCUUUCUUUCAUGUUUUUCUCCGCGACUUUCUGCCAUUUUUCUUUCUUUUUCUUUUCAUAUUCUUCUUUGCAUUUUUCUUUUUCUUUCUUCCUUUCUUUCUUUCUUUGUUUCAUAUUAUUCUCUCCGUCUUUCUAUUCUUUUUCUUUCUUUCUUUUCAUAUUCUUCCCUGCGUCUUUCUUUUCUAUCAUAUUCUUCACUUCGCCUUUCUUUCUUUCUUUCUUUCUUUCUUUCUUUCUUUCUUUCUUUCUUUCUUCUUAUAUUUUCAAAUCACCUUUAUGUCUUUCUUUCUUUAUUGCUUCUCGUUGAUUCUUUUUUCCUGUCUUUAUCCAUUUUAUAUUCUUUCUUUCAUCUCUUUCUUUCUUUCUUUCAUCUCUUUCUUUCUUUCUUUCUUAUAUUUUCACAUCACAUUUAUGUCUUUCUUUCUUUAUCGCUUCUCGUUGAUUCUUUUUUUCCUGUCUUUCUGUCUUUAUCCAUUUUAUAUUCUUUCUUUCUUUCUUUCUUUCUUUCUUUCUUUCUUUCUUUCUUUCUUUCUUUUAUAUUAUUUUUUCUAUUUAUCUAUCUUUUCUUUCAAAACAUUUUUUCCACUUUUCCCUUAAAAUAUAUUCCUAACCAAUUUCUUUCUUUCUUUCUUUCUUUCUUUCUUUUUUCUUUUUUCGUUUUCUUCAUACUUCUUUCUCUUUUUCUAUUCGUUAACCGUUUCCUCCUUUUUCUCUUCCCACUAUUUUGUUUGUUUCUUUCGUUUUUUCUUAUUUAUUUUUCUUCCCUGCUUCUCUGCCUUCUUUCUUUGAAAACUUUUUCUUUCUUUUUUUCUCAUUGGUUCCUCUUCCCUUUCUCUUUCAUUCUUUUGUUCUUUAUUUGCCUAUUUUUUCUGCCCUCUCUUUCUUUCAUUAUUUCUUUUUUUUUUCUCAUUUGUGUUCCCCUUUUCUGUCUCUCUUUCUUAUUUUUUUUAUCUUCCUUUUGUUUUUUUUUUUCGUUUUCUUCUCUUCCAUUUCUUUCUUUCUUUCAUAUUUGUUUCUUUUUCUUUUAUUUCCUUCUUUCUUUCUUUCUUUCUUUCUUUCUUAUUUGUUUCUCUUCGCUUUCUUUCUUAUUCGGUUCUCUUCCAUUUCUUUCUUUCUUUCUUUCUUUCUUUCUUCCUUUCUCUUCCCUUUUCUUUCUUAUUCGGUUCUCUUCCAUUUCUUUCUUUCUUUCUUAUUUGUUUCUUUUUCUUUUAUUUCCUUCCUUCUUUCUUUCUUUCUUUCUUUACUUUUCCUCAUAUAGUUUAUCAUUCUUUCUUUCUUGUUUGUUUAUUUGCUACUAUCUUCCUUCCUUCCUUCCUUCCUUCCUUCCUUCCUUCCUUCCUUCCUUGCUACUUUCCUUCCUCCCUUCUUUCUUUCUUUCUUCCCUUCCAUCUUUCUUUCUUUCUUUCUUUCCUCCACGUCUCUUCCUCAAGGUCGUCUCUUCAUCAACGUCACCUUUCAUUUUAUUUACUAUCCUUUUCCUCUUCCUCCUGUUAUCACAACCUUUCAUUUUCUCUUACAUUCCCUUCUUCUUUUUUCUUGUUGUUCUUGAUGUUGUUGUUAAUCUUCUUCUUCUUCUUCUUCUUCUUCUUCUUCUUCUUCUUCUUCUUCUUCUUCUUCGAUGGUCAGGCUAUUGA